AAAAACAAAAAUGUCAUCUUCAAAAAGUAAUUUUGAUGAAAUUAAUUUAAAUGAGAAUAUAACAGAACAACCCAAAACAGACAAAACAAUUAACACUUCUUCUGAACCUGUAAAUGAACAACAAAAUGCACAAACAAUCCCCAAAAAAAGUCCAAAAUCGUCGGUCUCUUCUGGUUCAAUUUCUCCCGUUACUCCAAGCUCAACACCACCAUUACCAGCAGCAUUAAUUAAUCCUCAAUCCCCUGCAUUUUAUUCGCUUGUUUCUGGUAUUGAAAUUGAGGAAAGUAGUGGAGACGAUACUUUUGUUGAAGCAAGAAGUGAAUUAAUGGUAAAAGAAGAAAAUAAGGAAAUUGGGGAAACUCAACAACAAUACCAACAUCAACAACCACCUAAACCGCCUCGUCAAGUUGAUAUCGUUAACUCGGCUACUCCUUUGGAAACUAAUAUUGAAGAAAAACAAGAGAAAUCCGUUCAACAGUCUAACAAGCCAAAUGAACUUCCAAUGCUUCCAAUCGCUCCUAACGCUGGAACUGGAGUUCCUCCCAGUCCAUUACCAUCCGAGCAACAACCCAAACAACACUCACCACCUCCAAAUUACACAUCUGUUUACCCACCAUUAUCACAACCUACGGGACAAUUACCAACUUCAUGCUUUGCGGGAACACAAGGGGGAGGUGUUUAUACACCUAAAGCUACAUAUUACAUCGAUGGAAAUGUUGGAGGUCCAGCAAUUAUAAUUAGUCAAGGAGCUACUCCUGUUUUUCUCUUUGCACCCGAUCCUUACGGAGAGGAAUAUUUACGACGUCGACGUGCACUUUCCUUCCUUUCCUGCACUUUGAUAUUAUUACCACUCUUCACUUUACUUUUGAUAAUUUUGUCUUGGGGUUCUUACUAUUAUUAG